GGUUCAGAGAAGAGGCAGCUUGAUGGCAAAAAUAACCCUAGGGGCCUUGGAGGAAACAUUAGACAGGUGGGCCUACUGGGACCCAGCUCCCUUCUCUUGCUUCCCAGUCUGGGCGUUCCCACUCGUUGAUGGCGAUGGCUGCUUACCCCAGGGCACGAGUGCCUGGCUUGCUCCUCCUUACCUGGCUAGAGAUGUUUUCCUUCCCUACAAUUUGGCUCAGGCGAGGAGACAGGCUUGGUUAGGCCCGUCCUGAGGUCCCCCUUUGCCGAGGGUGCCAGCAGGAUAAUUCAUCACUUCUCUCCGUCAUGAGCCCUUUUUGUUCUUUUCCAAGUGUGGGCGCAAAAGGGGGAGCAGCUAAUCCCAGAGCAGGCCUCUCGGGCCCUGCCUCACCAUGGGUUGGUAGAGGUCAUCCCCUGUUUGGAAGUGGGGUAUCCCCUUAAGGGACAUAUGACUGACCUUUUCAGGGGUAUUCUUUACAAGGACCUCUCUGGAAGCAGAGUCUUGGAAAAGGCACUGGGGUCCCCAAUCACUUGCUCACCCAAGCUGGGGGUCCGUCUUGUUUCGCCCCAGGGCUGCUCUGUGGAGUUAGCUUCAUUCCUCAGGAAGAAAGGGGAGGAAAGGCCUUGCUUUGUCACCACCCUCCUCCACUCUAGGUUUGGGCCACCCCAGGGGUCCGGCCCGCCCCUCGAAGUCUGAAGGGCCAAGGCAGGAAGCAGGAGGUCCUUAGGACCCAGAAGCCUUCUCUGCUGCUUGCCUGCCUGCUGCCUCUCACCCCUCACUGCAGUGGUUCUGAGCCUCGGCAGGCAGAGAGGAGCAUCAGCUGAGUGGGGCUGGUACCAGGGAACCGGAAAGCUUCUUGGGAAGGCUCUGAACCAGACCCUGGAGCUGCAAUACCGGCAAAGGUGGAAGCCCACGCUGCCCCGAGCCCCCGGCUGACCCGGACCAGGACUUUGUCACUCGCGAGAAGGCUGGCAAUGAAAGUACUGUGGGAGACUGCUGGAGAAGCCGCCCCCCACAGAACCCAGGAGGCUCGGCCCUGGGCAUGCCGUUCCCGCCGUCUCUCCUGCCUGGGUCCCCAGGGGGCACUGGACUAGUAUGGCUGAUGGGCCCAUGACAGGAGGUGCCCCGGUCGUCCCCUUCCGGCCUCAUGGAGUCCUCCCCUCUCCCCCAGACUUCAGGGAACUCCUCUACUCUGGGUCUGCUCCCUCUGCCCCAGGGCUCCCCAGGGGUCAACGGCAGCCCAGAGGCCAGGCAUCGGGACGUGGCCUCCGAGUCCGUGGCCCUCUUCUUCAUGCUGCUAUUGGACCUGACGGCUGUGGCAGGUAAUGCGGCUGUGAUGACGGUCAUUGCCAAGACGCCCGCCCUGCGCAAAUUUGUCUUUGUCUUCCACCUCUGCCUGGUGGACCUGCUGGCUGCCCUGACGCUCAUGCCGCUGGCCAUGCUCUCCAGCUCGGCCCUCUUUGACCAUGCCCUCUUUGGGGAGACCGCCUGCCGCCUCUACCUGUUCCUGAGUGUCUGUUUCGUCAGCUUGGCCAUCCUCUCCGUCUCGGCCAUCAAUGUGGAACGCUACUACUACGUGGUGCACCCCAUGCGCUACGAGGACUGGCCUCUUUGAUCUCCCUCCUCAUGGCAGUGACCCACCUCCACCCCCUGGACAAUCUGGUACAAGAGACAAAGGUGGGGCAUGGGGAGAAUGGGGUUUCCAGACACUGGCAUUGCCAGUUAGUUCUCUACUCCUGCCCGUCAAUCUCAGAACCAUCUUCAGUUGACAAAGACAUAAGUGUCUCUCCUACCAAGAGCCCUGGGCAGGGGAGAGAAAACAGGACACUGGGCUCAGAUGUUAACCAACUGGGACUUGAAUGAUAGUGUGUUUGGUGGUCUCCACUGGUGGCCAAAUCUUAGAGGGAGGAAUAAGCGAGAACAGGAAAAACUACCAGUAGCCUCCUGGGCACUCCAUUCUUCCUGGUUUUACUGGUGGAUAGGGUGAGCCCACAGUAUCUCAACAUGGUCACAGUGCCACAUCAGGACUAGAGUGACGGGGCCGGCACCUGACCAAAUUCUGGCUCAUUCAGUGAAGUAAGAAAGUGAGCUCAUUCUUCCCUUUGAGCAGCCAAUAAAUGUUUUCUUUUUUAAAAAGUUAUGUUGCAACCACCAAUGAUUCUAUCAAUCAAUAUAAUACAUAUUUAUUGAAUACCUCGGAAUAUUUUUGGACAGAGGGUACAGGUUGCGUUAAUUCCUGUCCCAAGAAAUUAAAGUUCAAUUUAAUUUCUCCAUCAGCAGGCAGUUUAACUCGCAGAUUAGACAAGUAUAUAGAAAAAUUAUAGAAAACAUUUGGGACACAGAUUAAUGAAUAGAUAUAGCCCCUGUCCUCAAAGUGCUGAAUGACCUAUUUUUUUUUUUUUAAGGAUAACUACAUCAGAAAAUGCUGUAUACAUGAUAUAAUUAGAUUUCAACAAAGCAUUUGUAAGUCUCAUGCUUUUCUUUUGGACAAGAUAGAGCUAGGUUAGGCUAAAUGAGACUACAGAUGGGUAGAUUCAAAUUUGAUUGAAUAAUCAUAUUCAGAGAGUAAUCAAUUAUUCCAUGACAACUUAACAGGGGGAUUUCUACUGAUGUGGCCAAGGAAACUGUCCUGGACCCUGUACUGUUCAAAGUUUUUGUCAAUUAGUUGAAUGAAUUGGUAGAAGUUAUGCCUGUGAAAUUUUCAUGACAUAAUGCUAAGAAUGGCUAACAAGUUGAAUGAUGGUUAGGAUCUGAACAUUUCAACAGGUUAGAACAAUGGGUCAAAUUGAGUAAGAUAAAAUUAAAUGGAGCAAAAUGCAGAGUUUUGCAGUAAGGUUCAAAAAACUGAAGUUAAGCAACAGUUUAUGUGAAAAAAGUCUGGGUGUUUUAAUUGACGCAUGCUAGAUGUCAGUCAGUAGUUUAACAUGGAAGCAAAAGAACUAAUGCUGUUCAUAAUGUCAUAGAUCAAAGGUAGUGAAAUGGCCGAAGAAUAUGCCACAAGACUCCUAUGGAGUACAUGAAGGUGUUCUACUCUGGAGAGAAGAUGGGGUGGAUAUAAAGGGUUGUCCAGUGCAAGAGAUUAACUUGUUCUGCUUGGCCCUAGAAGGUGGCACCAAGAGCAAGGAGAUGAAGUUAUAGAAAGACUAGAAUUAAAUGUUAGGGAAAACUUUCUAAAAGGCACACGGCCUGCCUGCCAAUAGGUUCCCCCUCACCAGAUGUUCUAACAGAGGCUGAAGAAAUGGCCUGAAUUCUUUUAUCCACAUUCCUGUAUCAUAUAAUAAGUUCUAAGGGUUGUGCUGAGUGUAAAUGUGCAAAAGAUAGGCAGGGUGGAAAAAGGGGAGAUGACUCCCAGACAAUAGCAGCUCUUUAGCAUCGACUAAGCACCUACUUCACACCCAGCCUAUUGAUUAAAAAAGGGAGUGAGGAGGAUUCUUCCACGAUCUUUUCUUCCUUCCUAUGACAAGAGUGGAUGUAGAAGACCCUUUCUACUCAAUGUGGAACAAUUGCAGCUUCCUCAACAGCUGCUGGCUUGUCGUUCCCAGACAGAGCCAGCAGGUGGCACUGGAAGACAUAGAAAUAGAGUGGCCUUCGCCCCUGUCCCUGGUGCCCGUCAGCCAUUUUGCUAACUAAUCUUGCCCACUCAGUUUGUUAUUUCGGUCAACCUUUGUUUUUCACAUUUAUCAGGAACUUCUUUUCAAGUGUCAGGCUUUCUCUAACCUUUCAGUCUAAGACAUCUCAAGUUUCUCACACCACAAUCCCGGUGGUGUUGGGUAGCAGUGGAGUUUUAUGGAAAUAACACUCAACUAGAUGCAUGAAUUCUAGUCUUGACUCUGCCAUUUACUAGUCAUUGACCUCAGGAAACUUAAUUACUCAAAUCCUCAGUAUUUUUAUCUACAAAAAAUGGAGAUUAUGAUUCCUACCCUUACAAAUUUAUUGAGUCAAAAGUGAUAAGGUGUAUGAACGUAUAUGAGACAUUAUUACUGGUGCCAUGCUAUAAGAAGAGCACGCAGGAUCAAAGAUCUGGGGCUGGAAGGGUCCUCAGCGACCAUCUCACCUAUCACCCAGUUCCCUCAUUUUCUUACAAUUGAGGAAAAUGAGGUUCAGAAAUUUUUCCAAGGUCACACAAGUAGCAAUGGGCAGAGACAGCGUAUGAACCUAAAUGUUCUUCUAGGGCUAGUGCUCUUCCAGUGUACAUGUAUCACACUGCCUUAGGGAAGCACAGAUUACUUUGCUGUGUAGAC